GUUUACCACAAGUUACGCUGCAUAUUAAGCAAUUUUCCUUCGAUUCGAAUAACAUCUUUGUCGGCCUGAGUGUAAUGUAAAUUUGCCAUUUUAUUUGAUUUUUCAAGCGAUGAGCGCACGAUACUUUAGCUGGAUUCUGAGGAUUAGCACAACGAUUCUCAUCACCGCCCAGAACCAAGAACCCUCCAUCGCCGAGCUGUACGCCAAUGACCCCACGGUCGCCGGGUCCUUCUACCAAUCGCUGAUUCUCAAGGAAGGCCAGGAGCAGGUGAUUCGCUGCCCCAUCGACUACCCGCACCUGGCCAUCGACGAAGCCUGCUUUCAGCCGGAUCGCCGCGGCCGCGAUAAACCCUGGUGCUACGGCCCGGCUAGUGUGCAGGACCUGCUGGCCUACGACUGCAACGGGAUGCGGGAAUGCACGGUAUACGCCACCAAAGAGCAGCUGGGCCGGCCCAGUGGUGACACAAUGGAGAUGGUGCUGGUGAUGAGCUACCACUGCCGGGAGAAAGGCCCCAAAUCGGUGUAUCGCGGAGGACCCAGUGAGCUAUGUGAAAAUCUACGGGAGUCCAUGUACUGCCAGACAAAGCAGGUUGUGCGCGGAUGAACAACACCGUUUCAUCUCCCUCACCCGUUCAUCGCUGCGAGAAGCAUGCAGGAAGGGCGUGUACUAUAAUCAAGUAGAGGCAACGUUCUGUGCAUUCACAACGGCCUGAUUAUUGCGUAAACCGUCUGAAUGAUUUUUGAAAGUAAUAAUAAUUUUUAUUUUUUUCUAUGUACGGAGUAGUUUAUAUUUGGAUUUAUAGGUGCCUGGCAACGCUUGUAAACGCGGCGUGUUUAUGGUUACUAUGGUGCUGCAGCCCGUUUACAGUUCGUGUCGGCUUAGAGUCGCACAUAAGCAUAAAAACAUGUUUACAAAUAUGUAUGAGGUGAUUACCUAAAACACAACGUUCCCCGCUUACACGCUCUACACAACGUUCACCGCUUGUUAAUCACAAGUAACUUGAUCAUUCAGCUCCGGCGUACUCCAACUCGUCUUGAACGCCGGUGCACUCGGUCCGCUCUCCACAGCCUUGUACGAACUCACCCUCAUCGGGUAGUACUCAUGCACCCGCUCAUAAUCUCCCCACCGCCCAUCAAAGGUCAUCCACCCAGUCGCCGCCGUUCGUUCGUCCACCAACUGAUACUGCUCGGCCACCCGGAGCAUCGUCCCGCGCCCACAAUAAUCCUGUAGUUCCACAUAGAAUGUACAGAACCCGACGAAGAUGGCCCGCGGCCGACAGUAUCCCUGGACACCCUCCCCCGGAUACAUGGCAUGGGAGUCCUUGGCUGAAAAGACCACCGGGUGAUUGUCCACCCGAACCAGCUGGUCGUAGUUGGUCCAAUAGCCGCCGUUGUGCACCGAGAGGUACACGGCUACCGGGGUCGGAGGGGUGUCGGCGGACCCGUUAAAUAACCGGAGGGUGUACGCUUCGAAGUCACCUUGAUGGCGCCCGGCGCGGGUCAUCUGGCCUUGUUGCUCGAUGAGUCCGCAGCCGUACUCGAACUUCCCGGGCCCGUUAAACGGGUAGAAAAAGUAGAAGACGAUGUCGGUGAACGGUCGGCUGGCGUCCCCGACCACCCGAACGUACGCCCGGGUCCGCGGGAGGUUGCCGGGCCACAGAGUCUCCGGAAUGCGGAGCCAUACGCGCUGUCCAAUAUCCCCGCUGAUGUGGUUGUGAUCGAUAAGGUACUGCUUGACUGUCGCCUGGUUGAGUUUUCCCUGCAGUGUCUGUCGGACGACACUGACCGGGAUUUCCCCGGCGUCCGCCAAGCUGAAAUCAUCGUAACUACCCUCGUUAUUGACAACACCAAAUCGAAACAAUGAAUUGUUGAAGACGUGCUCGGCGCUGUCCGGCAUGUAUUGGUCCUCGGGAUGAAACAGCACAUUGGGAGCAUGUUGCGUAAUCAACCCUGGGAUAUCCUCCCGCGGGAUCGGCGUCACACCCGACUCCACGGCCGACCGUCUUAGCACAAACUGUGCUGAUAAUCCGCCCGGGAUGCCGUACGACUGGUGCCCCACGAAAUUAUGGACGCCCAUCCCGUCGGAGCUGGACGCCGGGACUAUGGUCCACGAGGAAUAAUCAUACUGCCCCCCGGAUUUCCGGUCAUUCCACGUCUCCACCCCUGCCACCCCGCCGACCACCAGUUCCGUCUUGACGCACACCAAUCCCGCAAACUGGUCGACGGACACCACCCGCCGUGCUCGCAGCGCCACGUGUCCCAGACAAGUGUAGCCGCGCGGAGGCACCGGGUUGAAGAUGGUCAGCGGCCAUUCCGCCCCGGUUUUUGAAUCGUCAUAAACCCAUUCCAGAGCGAUGGGUGGGUGUACGGCGUCCUCCGUCAGCGGUUUGACGAGGGUCACGUAAUCAGCGUCCCGCUGGAGGGAGUGUCCUGAUUUGGCCAGAUGACCGAGGUAAUAGUAUCCAGGAGGGAGAUUCACCGGCGUCCAGUAUGAACCGUCGUGGUCGGCGCCGCUGCCGGUAUCUUGCCAAACUAGAGAAAGGUCAUGGUGGGUGAUGUAUUUCAGGGAAGGCGCGGCCGUGGCGCAACCCAACCCGAGAAAGAGGACAAAAACAGGAAACGGCAGCAUUUCUUGAAUUACAACGCACGCGGCUGUAAACCGGGACUCACAUAACGCGAUGCUUUCUUGCCAAGAAAUCUGAGAAUUUUUCUCUCUUGUGACAACAUUUCUUGUAACGAAGCUGGUAACAUUCAGUUGCUGCGCCGAUAACGCGUAAGACAGGAUAAGAUUACGCCCGUGAUUUAUAACGCUAUUUCGCGAAAAUCGUAAUCUACAGUGUGAUAAAGAUAUUGU